AUGAGGGAAGUAAUCAAAUGUUUACUGGUAGCACUAGUGCCAUUCUGUUACGGGCUCACGGAGCACUUCGACGAGAAAGUGACGCUGGCGCCGAUCAGCAAAAAUGAGCUUCGCGUGGAUUUUAGAUUCAAUUCAGAAAGGGAAUUUCUUGUAGAAACAGGUUGGAAAGAGAGAAAAGAAAACAACACGUGAGAAACUCGAAAAAUUUCAGAAUCAAACGACUAUCUAACGUUCCCGCGUAUAAUUCAAGAGCUGCUCAACCGGUAUUCAGUUCAAAAGUUAACGGUGACAAUGGGACAAGGCCGUUGGAAUCUGGAGCAAUGGGGCCAGCCGCCGCAGCCGUCCUCAUCCGCCGGAGCACAAGUCUUCGCAGAAUUUGCGGCCGAUUCCGAUGAGCGGGCCGACGAACGCAUGAAGUUUCUGGUGGAAGCACUAAACGGAGUGCUCUGCACUUCAAUCUCUCACGUCAGAGUGGUGACGUCUCCGGAAUUUGUGAUCUUUGGAAGUCACGGCGAGAAGAGCGAAAAGGUAUUCAAGAGAUACGGAGUGCUCAGCGGAGAGACGACGUGCACAGAGAAUCUGACGAGACUCCGCAAGUUGUUGGCUUGUAAAGAAGUGAGUGAAAUAACCAAAUUCAGAGGAUAUUAUUCAAAUUUUUGUAAAAAUCUUGAAAAGAAAGAUAAUAUUAUUGAACCACUCCAAUAUGUUUUCCAUUCCAGAAUGGCCUCAGCACACUGCUCCACCCUUCCAAACUCUACAACUCGGUCUACCACUCGUCCCACUUGUAUGCCGAGCAAAAAUGCGCCAAAAAUACGUGCCACGCCAAAAUGGAAGUCGGAGUGUCUGUUGUAAUGAGAAAUCCAUCGCACAAAACACAACGGCAUUGGUCUCUCGGCGACGUCUUCGAUCGGAAACUCGGAUCGCAGUGCAAGGUCGCCCGGAGCAGCCGAAUCGAAGUCAUCGGCCCCGUCGGACAAGUCACCAGCACCGACGUUCAGAAUCUGACAAAAAUCAGCGGUUCGGAUCCGUUUGAGAUUUACAUCCCGGUCGUGGACAUCGCGAAGAAGCAGCCAGUGGUGAAGGCGUGGUCGUCGCAAGGAGGAUUCGAGCAGCAGCACGGAGUACUCACCGUACACAUCACAAACGACGCGACGGCUUCCGACGUGCAAGUGUCACAGAUCAUUCCGUAUUACGUGCAUCUUCGGUACAGUCAAGUGCAUUGGAAGUGCGACGGGAACGGACUGCCACGUGUCGAGAAGACGCUCAAGAACAGCAAGCACGCGGAGGCGCCGACGUUGUUGCAGUACAAAAUGCGGCUGGCGGAGAGACAAACGUGUGAACUCGUCAUUCCGUUCAACAAGCAAUUGCUCAAGUAGAAAAAGUACACGAUUUCCCGUUAAAGUCCUCGAUUUCAGGUUGGAUCAAUACCCUCCGGAUGCGAAUCACGGAAUGCACAUCCCAGCGGCCACCGUCUUUGUCCACAAGUCCUCCGCCCCGUCCUACACCAUCCACUCGAACGCCAUCCUCGUUCUCCUGCCGGUUCCCGAUUUCUCAAUGCCAUUCAACGUCAUCUGCUUCGUCGCCACCGCAUUCGCCCUCGUCUUCGGCCCCAUCCAACUCUACUCGACCCUAUUCUUGGCGCCGGCCGUCAAUAAGUCGCAGUGGGCGCGGAAAAUCCAUCGUACCAUUCUGAUCGCCAUCAUCAUUUUCUGUCUGUACGCCCAUCUGAUGGAUAUCAAUCUGAACGAAGUGCGUCGAGGCAUCGAGAGCUACUUUGAGAAGCUCAACGAACUCAAGUGA